AUGGCCGCUCUCACCACGGUUCGCGACGUGCUACAGAGCUACACCUUCGCCUUUGGUGUAUACAAAUGCUUCCUCAACAACUACGACGGCCACCCACAGGUGGCACAAAACGCCGUGGCACUCCUACUAUGCUUCGAUCAGGGCACCAACUAG